AAAGAUAACGUGUCUCCAACGCAAACGUAUAGCAGUCAGAGAAGUCAGAAGAAGAUAUGGCGUCGUCGUUUCUCCAGAGAUUAGUAGAUCCGAAGAAGAACUUCUUGGCUCGUCUGCAUAUGAAGUCCGUCUCCAACCGCCUCCGCAAAUACGGUCUUAGGUACGACGAUCUCUACGACCCUAUGUACGAUCUUGACAUUAAAGAAGCGCUUAACCGGUUGCCUAGUGAGGUCGUUGAUGCUCGGAACCAGCGUCUUAAGCGUGCAAUGGACCUCUCUAUGAAACAUGAGUACCUCCCUGAUGAUCUCCAGGCAGUACAGACACCAUUCAGGAGCUACCUCCAAGGAAUGCUGGCUCUUGUGAAGCGAGAGAGAGCUGAGCGAGAGGCUUUGGGAGCUUUACCUCUCUACCAGAGGACUAUUCCUUAAGCAUGUUGAUGUUAGUCUCUCUCUUGUCCUGUAUUGUAAUGCCAUCUUAACCAAACAGAUCCUAGUCGUCUCUGUAUUAUAAUUUCUUUAGGCUCCAAUCUGCCACACAAUUUGCUUUGUAUGGCUAUGCACGGUCCGUGUUUAUGCACGUAUAAGGUUAUAAUAUUGAUGUGUAAUGUAUAAUAAGCUUCGUGAUGUAUUGGUGGUUAGUACAACCAAAAAGGAGGUUAAGUGUUUA